AUGUCUUCCAUAGCUGAAGAUGAGCAAAAUCUCGAGGCCCUUGGCUACAAGCAGUCAUUCAAACGCGAGUUUUCCAAUCUAGCCACCAUCAGCUUUGCGUUUAGCAUAAUGGGCCUCUGCUCGAGUGUUGCAACCACAUUCAAUACUCCUCUCCUUCUCGGCGGUCCAGCCUCCGUAACAUGGUGCUGGAUAAUUGGCUCUUGCAUGUGCUUCACCCUUGGCUCCAGCAUAGCUGAAAUCGUUUCCGCUUUUCCCACCUGCGGUGGUCUUUACACAGCCUCUGCCCAACUCUGUCCUAAAUCACACCGUGCGGUUGUCGGUUGGAUCGUAGGCUGGCUCAACAUCCUCGGCCAGGUCGCUGGUCUCUCCUCCACAGAAUUCGGACUCGCCAAUAUGAUAUGGGCAGCCGUCUCCAUCACGAAUCCUAAUAUGACCAUCACUCCAGGAAAGACCGUCGGUUUAUUCACCGCUCUCCUCUUUGUUCACGGUGCGCUCAACUCGCUCGCAACACGCCAUCUCGCGCUCUUCACGCGCUUCUUUGUCUUCAUCAACCUUGGCGCUACUGUCGUCAUCGUCAUCGUCCUUCUCGCGAUGACGAAGCGCGAGGAUAUGCACCCUGCAGGGUAUGUGUUUGGUUCAGAGGGGAUAGUGAAUCAGACAGGCGGAUGGCCUAAUGGGAUAGCCUUCCUCUUUGGCUUGCUUAGUGUCCAAUGGACGAUGACGGAUUACGAUGCUACUGCUCAUAUAUCAGAAGAAGUCCGGCGAGCAGCAUAUGCAGCACCAGCGGCUAUUUUCAUCGCAGUCAUCGGGACGGGUAUCCUUGGAUGGAUUCUCAACAUCGUGCUCGUCCUCUGCUCCGGUCCGCUAGAAAACUUGCCCGGCCCAUCCGACUCGGCAUUCCUUGAGAUUAUGGCCUUGCGGAUGGGAAAACCAGUCGCGCUGUUCCUCUGGGUUUUCGUUUGCCUCACUGCCUUUUUCGUGUGCCAGACAGCACUGCAAGCGUGUUCUCGUACAGUGUACGCCUUCAGUCGCGAUCACGGCCUCCCAGAUAACGGCUACUUUGGCCACGUCGCCAAACAGACGCACACUCCCCUUCGCGCAAUAUGGCUCACGACGAUCCUCUCUAUCUUACCUGGCUUGCUCGACUUGGCUUCACCUGUGGCUGCUGAUGCGAUAUUCGCGCUCACGGCUAUGGCGCUUGAUUUGAGCUAUAUUAUUCCCAUAUUCUUGCGUCGGCUUUACGCGAACCACCCGGAGGUGCAUUUCCGUCCAGGACCGUUCUACAUGGGUUCCGGAUUUCUGGGAUGGGCAGCGAAUGUGAUGUGUAUAUCGUGGACGCUAUUCGUUUGCGUUAUAUUCUCGCUUCCUAAUGUCCUUCCUGUCACGAAGACGAACAUGAAUUACGCCUCAGUCAUAACGGCUGGUGUCGUCAUUCUCAGCGGUGCAUGGUAUAUCGCGAGUGCACACCGACAUUACCAUGGUCCCACUUCUAAUAUUUCCCAUGACCCGAAACCAAUUUCGGGUGCUGGCCUUGGACCAGACGACGACAUCCCGAAUUUUGAACGAGAUGAGGACGACUCUAAAAGUGGCCAUGUCCAGACUUACAGUCGAGAACUUGAUACUAAGGAUGGUGACCUUGGAGCACGCGCAAGUGGGGGUAGGAGUGUGUAAAUGCUUGUUGUUGAUUUCGGUUAGUUUGUUAGCUAUGGGCUGUUUGGUGAAGGGCGCGAAGGGAAGACGGGGACAGUGGGUAUAUUGAGAUAAUAGUGUUUUCCCACCGCGAUCAUUGUGAAUCGACCCUGUAGGUCGGUCUACCGGUGCCCUCGUCAUUCGAUGGGGACCACAUAUCACGUAUUUUGAUUUAUGUGGUUCCUACUCUCGAGUCAGCUUUCUUUCUUGAAUACAAUCUGUGUCCAGUCUACCUGUUGUCCAGCGAUAGCAUUUGGACAGAAGUCCUGGGAAAAGAUGUACACUCAUGAUUUGUAAAUUGGAUACUCAGGGCAGCUCCGGAUCUGGCAUAUAUGUCAGACCCGCAGGCCAUGGUAUGACGUUGGGAACGAGAGUCUGAGCCAAGGAGUGGGUGCGUGGACUCCGAUGUUGACAAACCAUGUCCUUUUCAUUGCAGCAGUCUGUCAACAUCGCAUCACAGCGACACGCCCUGUUUCCCGUGGAUUGUCCACAGACUGUAUGGGCAAAGCGGCGGCCUUCUCGUGCGGAAGUUCGUGGAAAUACUGGUGCGCCUCAGCCCUUCAGGCUCAUCUUUGCUGGAUCAUCAGACCUCAAGUCUCAGGCCUCAUGAGUCG